AUAAAAACUUAUUCCAAUACAAUCAGAAUGAGUUAGUAUUUUUCAUUUAGUUACAUCCAUUCCGUGAAAGUAAUCAGCGGUCGCCAUUUGUCAAAGCGUCGUUGUUGUUGUUGAUUGUGCCUGGCUCUGUCAGUGUAAUUCAUUGCUAAGCCAGGUUCAAGAGCAUGAAUGGCGACUUUCGUUUUCAAGUAAAUAAAAAAGGGUUAAACAGUUGUUGCAAAGAAAAUAUAAACUUUUGGAAUUAGUUUUGAGGGAUGCAUCUGCGCGCCGGAUUGUCCCACAUGCUGAUGUUAAUGGUUUGCCAACUUAAACAACCUACGCGAAAACCACUGGCUACGCCACGUGAGACACCUUCACCUCGGAUGACUUUUUGGGUUCAUUCGGCGGUCAAGCGUCUGUGGACGAAACCGGUGAUCUAUUGUUAUAAUUUUAACCGACGCUUCGUCUACCAACGGUGUUUAAAUGCAGAAGAUAAGUUUGCGCUUUACAAAAUCUCAAUACAAGUGAUAUUUGGAUGUACGUAUGAAACAGAGUUAUAUACACUAACAUGUACAUGUAUAUCGUUCGUUAAAUAGGGCAAGGUGAAAGAAAUGUAGGGAAAAGCAUAUUUAUGAGUACCAACAAAUAAGAAUACUUGAAAAGCUUGUGGAAAAAAAUAGCGAUUCACAGCAUGUCAUAUGGUAUGAAAUGUUAAAAUAAAGUAGGGGUGCUGAAUGUUGUUCCGGUGUGAUCUAAAUAUCAAAAAGGAUAAUCGACACUGGAAAUAAAUUCAGCUUUUUUCAUAUUUUGGUCCCGAUCGGACGGAUUACGUGUUAUUCCUGAAACAAUGAAAGACAACGCAGCGGGCUUACUUCCAUUCAGGAUUGAACCAUUGACAAGUAGCCUCAUUUGUCUUGUUGCCAUAGUGAUGUGGUGUGUGGUGAACAGCCCUAUAGAACCUCUUCCGUUUACAUUUCCCGCACCGCUACCGCGUCUUGAAGGUCCUCUGAGAGAAAACAAAGCUCUACAAGCCGCCGUUCGGCUGUUUGAGGGGCGAAUUCUCGGACCAGAGUCAUUUGCAGUAGAUGAAAAUGGCACAAUUUACACGGGUACCGCAGAUGGGCGAAUCCUAUCAAUAUACCGUAUUUCAACGAACAAAUCCAGUAGCAGCGAAGAGCAAUUCGACAAAUCUCCGCACCUAGUGGUUCGAACUGGGUUGGCUCACCCGCACUGUGGACAACCCCACAUGGAGGAGCAAUGUGGUCGACCGAAAGGCAUGAAGUUUGGACCGGAUGGAUAUUUAUAUGUGGUUGAUUCUUACAAAGGACUUAUUAAAGUCGACGUGCACAAAGAAAAGAUGGAGACGCUGGUGUCAAGUGAAGUUGGUUGCGACGGACUUCCGUUUCGGUUUCUGAACAGUCUUGAUAUCGCCCCUGAUGACGGUAUUUAUUUCACUGACUCCACAUUUAAGUGGCAGCGGCGAGACUUCCGAUACGCGGUUCUUGAAACCCGUCCAGACGGCCGAUUGUUGCACUACGAUUCGACGACAGGAGUUUGCCGUACGGUCCUGUCUGGCCUCUAUCUAGCCAACGGACUGACGCUGUCACACGACAAGACGUUCAUCCUGGUCAAUGAAAUGAGCGUAGCUCGAAUACGAAGGUAUUUCCUAUCGGGUAAAAAGAAGGGCACGUCUGAUGUCUUUGCUGACAAUCUCCCCGGGUUUCCAGACAACAUCAAGCCAAACUCGAGGGGAAAUUACUUCGUAGGAAUGGGCUCGGUUCGGUUCAAAGGGUCCAGCCCCAUAGGUUCAUUUUUGGAUCUUAUCGCUCCAUAUCCAUCAUUGAAGAAGUUCAUAGCAGCAAUAAUGCCUCUACAGGCGUACAACGUGUUCAUGCCAAAGCACGCAUUAGCGGUCGAAAUCGAUGACUCGGGGAUAAUCGUAAACAGCCUGCAUGACCCGGAAGCUGAGACCAUUGCAGCCGUCAGUGAACUAUUUGAGUUCAAUAAUACGUUAUAUAUUGGCCAUUUUCAAUCUUCGUAUCUUGGCGUGCUUCACAUGAACGAUUUAAAUGAACAACGAGGUGCUUGCAAUGAAACGUGAGGAUCAAAUUAGAUAGCUUGACAUAUGUUGUGGAAAUUAGACCUAUGGGCAACGUAAAGAACAUGCCUGACUGUGCGGCCUCUCGUCAAGAAUUUACAGGAUAAUUUCUUAGAACACUUUGAUAACGAAAUAUCAGAGGAAAAAUGAAGUUCCCAGUAUUUGCACGAUAUAUUUCUAAUGAUGACUGUUAACGGAAGCUAAUUAUUCACCUAUUUAUCCCAAGAAUGCUUUUGCAUCGUAUUUAUUGUAGUUGUUAUGUAUGUGCAUAUGAUUGAUUUUGUAGCACGCUCCUGUUCAUUUUCGACACAUAUAUAUAUAUAUACGUGCACAUAUAUUCAACAUAUUAAAUGUCAAAGCGUA